UUGUGCCGCCGCCGCUGCUCCGGAAUUGAGUAGCUGCUGCUGGAAUCCAAGCGAGGGGUCAGAUCGCCUGCUGCCAGUGCAGGGGCCCGGGGGAUAUCUGUAAUGUCCAAGACGAAAGGCCGCGGGAAGAGGAGUGCUCAGCACCAGUCUGUGAUUAGCAAGUUCUUCCGCCCUGUAGUCAGCAAAGAUCAGGGCAAAGGACAGGGGCAGGACAAUGCAGCAACAAUCUCCCUCACCUCAGAUGCAGCAGGGCAGCAGGUUGGGUGUUGCCAGGUUAUGGGACCAGUCUGCAGUCAGGGAAAGAAAACACAAGUUGGUCAGGAUGAACCAAAGUCAAAACGAAAGAGACUGGCAAGUGAGGAAGAGAAUGAAAGUGGGGGAAUAGUUGAAAAGAACCAUGAUCAGCCAACAGCACGUAUCCAUGCCAUUGUAUCUUCAUCUACCAUGGAUAGAUUAAAAGGAUUUUCAAUUGAUAGUCAGCAAGAACCAUCAGUUACUAAAGGCCCGGGUGUGGAUAUCCAAUUCAAAAGAUUCAAAGAUGCAGAAAAUUGUGAUCUAAACUCUGACAGUGUUUGCACAGAACUGGAUGACUUUGUUCAUCCCAAAGAUGCAGACAGAGACGGAUUGUAUAAGUGUCGCUCUCGAGAAGUUGUAGGUCUGGAUUUAGGACAAUGUUCAGCUCCAAACAAGGGAAACAGUGUGAAGAGCCCUUUCGAAACAGGCAUUGUCAACCGGAGGACCAAAAGCACGUACACUCCACUAGAACUACAAUACCUGGAGAUCAAAGACCAACACAAGGAUGCAGUGCUGUGUGUGGAGUGUGGAUACAAAUACAGGUUUUUUGGUGAAGAUGCUGAGAUUGCAGCUCGAGAGCUGAAUAUUUACUGUCACCCAGACCAUAACUUCAUGACUGCCAGCAUACCGGUUCACCGUCUCUUUGUUCAUGUCCGUCGGCUAGUCGCUAAAGGAUACAAGGUGGGAGUGGUGAAACAGACUGAGACUGCAGCUCUUAAAGCUGUUGGAGAGAACAAAGGCAAUCUGUUCACUCGCAAGCUGACUGCUCUGUACACCAAGUCUACACUCAUUGGAGAAGAUAUUAACCCACUGCUGAACCUGGACAGUGACUCGGUCGAAGAUGUGCCAAGUGAGCUUUCCAACAACUACCUGUUGUGCAUCUGUGAACAGCUGCAGAAGAGAAAAGAUCACACGAAGCAAGGAGUUCGGAUUGGGCUUGUGGCAGUCCAGCCCAACACCGGUGACGUGGUUUAUGAUUGUUUUCUUGAUUGCAAAUCCAGAUCUGAGCUGGAAAGCCGGAUCCUAUGUCUACAGCCAGUUGAAAUUUUGCUUCCAGUGGAGUUGUCAGAGAACACAGAAAAGCUUCUCGCAAGCAUCACAGCUUCAAGCUUACGUGAUGACAGAAUUCGUGUGGAGCGAAUGGACGGUAUUCACUUUGAAUAUAGUCAUGCCUUCCAGGUGACCUCUGAGUUUUAUGCGCAAGGAGCGCCUGAUGUUUCAGAAUCACAACAAUUGUCCAUAAUAUUAAAUUUGGAGAUGUCGGUUGUUUCAUGUUUGGCAGCGGUCAUCAAAUAUCUAUCUGAAUUCAAAUUGGAAAAGGUCCUACAUAAUUUGAGUAAAUUGAGCAAAUUUUCUGAGGACUCCACAUGCAUGUCAAUCAAUGGCACAACCUUGAAGAACUUGGAAAUUUUACAAAACCAGACCACUGGCACAACAAAAGGUAGUCUACUUUGGGUACUUGAUCAUGCCCAGAAUUCCUUUGGGAGACGGCUUCUGAAGAAAUGGGUAGCACAGCCUUUAACGAAAGCAAGUGAAAUUAAUGAUCGAUUGGAUGCAGUCACUGAAAUUCUGUCAUCAGAUUCCAUUGUCUUGGCAAAGACCCAAAAGCUCCUGUCUAAGCUCCCGGAUCUGGAGAGAGGAAUCUGUAGUAUUUACCACAAGAAGUGUUCCACAUGGGAGUUUUACCAGUUGGUCCACACGUUGUCAGGUUUGGAGGUGGGUUUCCAGGCCCUGCUUCCAGCUGUUGAGGCCCAGUUAAAUUCCUCCCUCCUUCGUAGUAUUUUGUUGGAACUGCCACAGCUGUUGGAUCCUGUGCAUCACUACGUAAAGAUUUUGGAUGAAAGUGCAGCCAAGAUAGGUGAUAAGACGCAGCUCUUUACAGACCUCACCGACUUCCCUGUCAUUCAGCAGCGAAAGCUGGAGAUUCAGGAGGUUCUUUCCCGACUGCAGGAUCAUCGCAGAGAGAUCCGAUUGAUUCUGAAGAAACCGUCUUUAGAUUAUGUGACCGUUUCAGGGCAAGAGUUUCUGAUAGAAGUCAAAAGUUCUCUACUAUCCAUCAUUCCAGCUGAUUGGACACAAAUUUCAAGCACAAAAGCUGUCAUCCGUUUCCAUAGCCCAUUCAUCGUGGAGCAGUAUAAGCGUCUGUGCCAACUUCGAGAGCAGCUUGCCCUUGACUGCAAUGCAGAGUGGCAGAAAUUGUUGGACCAGUUUGGUGAAUACUAUCGUGGAAUAAGAAAUGCAAUCAGUCACCUGGCAACCAUUGAUUGCAUCUUUUCAUUGGCAGCAGUUGCUAAGCAAGGAGGGUAUACGAGACCAAUUGUGCUGGAAGAACAGAGACAAAUAAUGAUUAAGAAUGGUAGACACCCCAUAAUUGAUGUUCUUAUGGGAGAACAAGAGCAGUAUGUUCCAAAUAGUACUGAACUUCAUGGCGAUGGACAGAGAGUAAUGGUAAUUACUGGGCCCAAUAUGGGAGGAAAGAGUUCCUACAUUAAACAAGUGGCACUGAUUACUAUCAUGGCACAAAUUGGAUCAUAUGUCCCUGCAGAAGAAGCUGUGAUCGGCAUUGUGGAUAACAUUUACACGAGAAUGGGAGCAUCUGACAAUAUCUACAAAGGUCAAAGCACAUUUAUGGAAGAGCUGACAGAAGCUGCCGAGAUCAUUAAGAAAGCAACAUCUCGAUCGUUAAUCAUUUUGGAUGAAUUGGGAAGAGGCACAAGUACUCAUGAUGGUAUUGCCAUCGCUUAUGCUACUCUGGAGCACUUUAUUAAAGAUGUGAAAUCCCUGACGCUGUUUGUUACACACUACCCCCCCGUGUGUGAGCUGGAAAAACUCUACCCAAAGAAUAUCAGGAAUUAUCACAUGGCCUUCCUGCUCAAUGAGGAAGUUCAUGAACCAAACGGAUCUGUGGAGGAGUUGCAACCAGAGUUGAUCACUUUUCUGUAUCAAGUGACGGAGGGAGCUGCUGAUCGCAGCUAUGGCCUGAAUGUUGCGAAACUAGCAAGUAUCCCUGAAGAAGUGCUGAAGAAAGCUGCUCAGAAAUCAAAGGAGUUGGAAAGCCUGAUGAAUGUCAAGAGGAAGAAAAUGAAAUCCUUCUCUGAAGUCUGGAGAAUAAAUGAAGGGAAAGAACUGAUGGACUGGGUGAUGGUGAAUAAGUAGAGAUUUUUUUUUCUUUUUUUAAAAAUAAAUACAUCGAUAUGUGAUGCUGAUCUCCUCCUUAUGUGUGUUUGGUUUCAGGGGAAACUUGGGGUUUUGCAUCGUAACCAAUGAGAGAAAUACUCAAUUGCACUGUCUUUACAAGUUGUUUUUACCCUGUCCCUGCUUUGUCCUUAUUCAGCUUGUUUAUGUUCUCCAUGUAAAUCCUACAAAAUAAGAUAAAUAUAGAUAAGGAAGUACAAUUAACACAUCUUGGCUUUUUCGUCCAGAAAAACUAUUAGGCCCCCUUUCUAUUCAUGCCAUCCAACCAUUUCUUAAAUGACUUGUAAGGCUUUUUUGCCUUUAAUUUCAGUACUUCAAGAAAGUUCUGAGGUCAACGAUAAAUUUCAGCAGUUUGAACAGUGUCCAUUGUCCUAAAUCAUACAAUCUUGACAUGUUUUUAUAACCCAUGGCCAAUUUCAUAAAGGUGUUGCCAGAAUUUAUAUCUUGGAAAGAAUCCCGAGACAUCAGUACAGAGAACACUGUUCCAUUCUGAAUCCAGACAAUAUUUUGUAUCUUUUUUAAAUAAGAGAAACUACAGAUUCCUCUUCCCCUCUGCUGGGCAUUUUUUUUCUAAAUGCAGUAAAGUUGACAUUAAGCAAACUUUUAAAAUAAAGUGAUGAGUUGGACUAAAGUUAUACCAUCGUGCUUCCUUUUUUGCUGCUUGUACAGAGAGCUGAGAAGAAAGGACCGUGUGUGAAGUCCUGCUGCUUUUUAAUGGGAAGGUUAUGUUUAACUUGUGUAUUUUGUUAGGAAUCAGGGAAAAAAAUCACAUUUGCCUAAAAUCUAAUUGUAAUUCUGUGUUAAAUUAGAAAAAAAGUGAGAGCAAUUUGUAACCAGUGUAAUGUAUUGUAAAC